UGUUUAUUGACAUGACAAAUGACAGACGGCGGGGUCUUGUUCGAUGGCAGCUCGAUUGGUACAAUUUAGACGAAUUAAAUGACUCGUUAUAGAGAUUAUUUCCGCUCUUAUCCGAUAACGAAGUAAAAAUGUGUUUUAUAAAUACUGUUUAAGCUGUUCACGCACGCUUCUUACGUGCGUAUUGUGUUAUUAAGAUGUAUAUUCAUUACACCGUAGGAGCCAUUUUUAUUGUAUUUAUUUUGUGCGUUCAUUGUGAUAAUGUAGCCAACGACAACGAAAUCAAGGAGAUUUACGUUCCGUCCGCGCCUCAAAACCUGACAGCCAACAACGUAACUACAGAUGAAGUUCACCUCUCAUGGGCCCCGCCAUUGACCUUCACUCUGCGCACCCUUCCCGACAGAAACUUUGACCUGAAGAGUCAGACUCUAGUCCCUGACCAAGACCAGUCAGCUUCUAACAAGAAGUUAGAGCCACAAGGUGACGAACCCGUCAAUGACGUCUUAAGCCAAGACGCAAUCACUGCAGAAAGACAGAAAGACUUCGAAUACUCCUCUUACAACUGGUAUAAGAAUGAUAAACACAAAUAUAAGGAUGACUACUCGUCUCACGUCCUUAUCGAUGACUACAGGCACAAAAGGGACGUCCGAACACAUAGGCACAGAAAGAGAUGGCCGGAAAACGAUACGGACACAAAACUGCACUUCGAGAAAAAUCUUGAAGUGUUGGAAGCUCACCCAGAUGAGCAGAAGGAGGUUGUGAAGAAGUCCUUUGCACAGCCUAAGCAUAGAGAAAAUACACAGGUUGCUUAUGUGCUUUAUUAUGAGCAAGGAGUACCAAGAUAUGACGUGAACAUUGUCAAUGGCACACAGAAUUCAGCCGAUGUGAAAAGAAAGAAUGUUUUCCCAAGUGACCUGGGUAUGGAAGACUAUUCGAGGGCGACGAAAAAUUUGACGCUGCUUAAUACUUCCGGGAAGGUGACGAAAGUCGUCGGUUUCCGCUUGAGGAAUUUAAAACCAUUCACACCAUACAAGAUUUGGGUGCGUGCUUUCUACAACUUCUCGCUAGAUGGGGUAAAGUCAUCCGAUUUGUUGGACCGACUCGGCCCUAAAUCGGACCCUCUCUACGUGCUGACAGACGUCAGACCACCUUCUGCUCCGAUAAUACUGAAUCUGACUUGUGAUCAGACUAAACGUACACUUUACCUCCAAUGGCGGCAGCCGCUAGAAUACAACAACUCUUUAGACCAGUACGUGGUGACAUUACGGAAGAUUCCAGAACAACAGCCUCGGACGAGACUCACGCUGCCCACUAACAAGAACGAUAUUGAAACUACCAUACCUAUUGAAGUGGAUCUAUGGAACGUGACGCGAUACGAAGUAAAAGUGUAUGCUGUCACCCAAUCAGUUGCCAGAGACAAAUCUUUCAUAAACGGCGAAGAAUCGAACCCGGAGGAGGUGUCAAGCGAAUGGUGUGCCGCCCACUCUGAAGCGAUGUCGCCCAGAGACGUGCCGGAGUCGGAAGGCGUCAGCAACGCCGCGCUGCUGGCCGUCUGCCCGCUGCUGGUGUUCGCUGUGGCAGUCGCCGUCUUGUACUGGAGGUGCAGAGCCCGUUUGAGUAAAUGCAUCAGUGCUGCCUACAAUUACUUGGAGGAAGGAGGCGAGAGGGCAGUCAGGGCGCCACUCAACUCUUAUAAAAAGCCAGUGGUAAACUGCUCCCCGCUAGUGUCCUGCGCGUCGGGCGCUGCGGAGGGCGGCGCGGCUGCGGGCGACGCGUGCGGGGAGAGGGCUCGUCCACCCCGCAUGGCGGGUGCGGGGCAGCCCGCGGUGCCCGCACUCAGCUUCCCAGCACAUGUAGCUGCAUUGCAUGCUGAUGGCGAUAUUGGGUUUAGUAAAGAAUAUGAGAUUGUAGUAGCGAAGUCAGCUGCAUUGGGUCACACUAGUCAUCACAGUCACAGACCAGAAAAUAGACUGAAAAACAGAUACUUGAAUAUCACAGCAUACGACCACUCCCGUGUCUGCGUAUCGGCCGGCGGUCGUUGCGGCGCGGCGGGCUGCGUGGGCGCCGGCGCCGCGCCCGCCCGCGGCGCCUGCGACUACGUCAACGCCAACUUCAUCGACGGCAUGCUGCCGCAGCUGCAGCCGCACCACGUAGCCAGGAUACGCAGGAAGCUGGAGAGGAGGAAUAGACCCCACAGACAAUCGUCAGUAAAACCAACGAAACCGCCGCCCAAUCUCGCAGAAGGCAUAGAGUCUGCCUUCCUCAACAUCGAGUUCUCCGGCAUCGUGGAGUCUGACGAACAGAACUCGGAUUCUGACAGUGAUAGGAGCGAUUCUGACUCGGAUCUCGACGACGUGUAUGUUGAUAUCGAGGGCGUACCAACCCGCGUGAAACUAGAAUGGCUUGUUUGGCGACGGCGGUACAUCGCGACCCAGGGCCCCACGCCGGCAACACUGGACGCCUUCUGGCGCAUGAUAUGGCAACACCGAGUGCACACCGUCGUUAUGAUCACUAAUCUCGUCGAGAGGGGACGGCGUAAAUGCGACAUGUACUGGCCGGCGGGCGGCGCAGGCAGCUCGGCGGAGUUCGGCGGCGUCCGCGUCACGUUGUUACACGAGGACGUCCGCGCCGCCUACACCGUGCGGCACAUGCGGGUGCACUACUCUUCACAUUGUGGUGACAGCUCCAGCAGUGGUACAGACGGCAGGACAGUGGUACAGUACCACUACACCGUGUGGCCGGACCACGGUACGCCGCGGCACCCGCUCGCUGUGCUGCCCUUCGUGAAGGCGGCCGGGAAACAUUCCUCCACCGUGCUGGUGCAUUGCAGCGCCGGCGUCGGCCGAACAGGCACCUACAUAGUACUAGACGCCCAACUAAACCAACUAAAACUGACCGGUACUCUCUCACCCCUGGGCUUCCUCUGCCGCGCCCGAACCCAACGCAACCACCUCGUUCAAACCGAGGAACAGUACGUCUUCGUACACGACGCCCUACUAGAGCACGUUCGCUCCGGCGACACAGAAGUAGAAUUCCCUAAAGCACGACAAUAUCUAGCGAAGCUCCUCGAACCAAUCUCCGAAGAAGAACUAGCUGUUUUAGACUUAAAUCCCCCCAAACAUAAAAGUACCAACGACUUAUCAAAUGGUGUGGAAAACGGCGAAACUUCAAGUAUUAAAUCCAGUCAAAAUCCUAGCGAAAAAGAAGUACUAGAGAAUGGUAGCCAGAUGUCUAUAAAGACGGAUGAUUUGAACAGUGAACAGAGUAAGUCGGUUAAGGAUUCGGAAGGGACUGAUGAGCCUAAAGAGGGAAUGGUCAAUGGAGAGGAAAAUGAAGGGGUGUAUGAUUUGGCGCCGAGGUCAACUGAUACGUAUAGCAAGAAAAUGCAGGCGUAUAAUAAUAUGACUGAUACGGAGAAGGAGGAAUUGAGGAGAGCGAAUCGUGCAGAAAACUACGCGUUGUUAGAGCGCAUGCGCUCGUUAGCGAACCGACAUCACACGUACCAAGGACCGCCGCCCGUCAACUUGCUCGAGAAACAGUUUCUGCUAAUAACCCGUUCGUGCGUGGAGGCCAGCGUGUGUGCGCGGGCGCCGCACAACGCGGACAAGAACCGGCCCGGCGGCAUCCUGCCCUCCGACUCCGCGCGCGUCAUGCUCGUGCCCAAGCCGGGGGUCGAAGGUAGUGAAUACGUGAACGCAUCAUGGGUCUGCGGUAGGCGGCGCGUCAGAGAAUAUGCCGUCGCCCAACACCCGGCCACCGGCGCCGACCUGUGGCGUUUGCUAUGGGAUCACACGGCACAGCUGGUGCUUCUACUCUCCGACACCACUGAUCCGGAAUGCGAAAUAUUCUGGCCAACGGAAGAAGAAAAGGAACUGUUCGUCGCCAACUUCAGAGCUAGUUUCGUUUCAAAAGAAACGUACGUGGCUCAUCGGAAAGUUGACAGGAAGACCCCAGCUGAAUCUCCCGUCGAACCUGAGACGAACGGAUACAGGAGACAAGAGAGUAGCGACUGUGCUGAUGAUGAACGACUGAUACCAGAGAACGGGUCCCCAGUAGCUGAUACCGAACCAGCUUACCGCUUCGACAGAACUGAAUUGAGGCUUGAACGCCUCAGCGCCGGCAAUAGAGACCUAUCAGCAAGAAAAUCAAUAGCAAACGGCGACCUCUUCUCCUCGCUAUCCGAAAAGAAAAACGGCCCGAAAUCACCCCGAUCACCCUCCAAAAUGUCCCUUAAAAACUUUAAACUAAGCUCCCCAACUAAGUUCAAGUUCCCCGACUGGGGGAACAGGACUGCCGGGUCACCUCCCGACACGGCUCCCCCUCCCCCACCCGUCGCCCCCGCGUUAUCCGUCGAAGAGGAAGCCGAACUCCGUCGCCCUUGCUACUACUUCGAGAAAGUCGACAAAAUACCUGAAGAUAUACCAUUGGACAGAGUGAUAGAAGUUACAAACGUCAGUGUGCAUUCUUUACAAGAUGACUAUCAGUUAAGUGUUAAGUUUAUUAAGUGCAGUCGGUGGUUGGACGGUGAGACUACUGACUACGUUCAGGGUAGGCCGGAUGAUAAUGAGUUUGUGAAGGCAGUGAGGCAUGCAGCCAGUGAAAGUGAUCGGGAGCAGGCGAUAGAUAGGCUUAUAGAGCCUUAUAAGGACUCGUUUGCACUGGUUGAGUAUGUUGCCGGAUGUCAGAUGGAGUAUAAGAAUGGACCGGUCGUUGUUGUUGAUAAAUACGGCGGCUGGAAAGCCAUGAACUUCUGCACCAUGUCAGCGGCCUGCGGCGGGGCCCGGGCUGCCGCCGCCCACGACCCGGGCCUGGCCUACCGCGCCGCCCACGACGAGCGAGCCUCGAUAUACUGCUGGGCGGCGCUGGGGGCUCAUGCGCGGACGGCGCCGGGCGAUGCGAGGGCGCAUCACCAUGCUGCGUUGUUAGCGGCGUAUUGUGCGCUAGCAGCCUAUGGUCAGCUGCUCACUAAUACUAAUCAUAGGUAUCCACAAGAAACGCCCGAACAAGAAUCUCGGUAAUACCAUUUCACAUGUAAGUAAAUAAAUACUCAGCGCGUUGUGUGUUCGUCUGUGCCUACCCCGCCGAAUCAUCGUAAACUCGUGAAGCCUACACGAUGUAACUCUCACCAGGAUAGGCCAGUGAAAACAGUGUGAAAGUCUACGAUAAAAACACAGCCUUUUUCUGCACAAAUAUGGUGGAUAUAGAAGGCUUCUAAAAUCCGAUAAUUAAGACGUUUAGAUCAGUGUUAUGCAGUGUCAAAUAACAAAAAUAUGGUGAAAAAUAUAAGGUUUCCAAAAAUACCAUAGCUAAGACUUCUAAGUGUUACUCAGUGUCAGAAAAACAAUUUUGGUGUUUCUAAAGCUUCCGAAAACAAUUGAAAAGCAUGUUAGAGUGACUGAAAAGAUAUAGCGGUAUACAGAAUGUUGCAUCAUCUCUUUUUGGCGCAACAUAAGACAAAAGCAUGCUUUUUGUGAGAACUGAACUGCAUGAUUUUUAAGCUUAUAUUUAUGACUGAAUUUUAUAUCAAACUUCAUAUGUAAAUAUAGGGUGGCUGGUAAUUAGAGAC